AUGGCUUCCUCAUGUUGCUGGAGAUGUGUCUCCCAGAUACGCUCCGUAUACCCGUCACGAACCCUCUCGCUACCAGCUCUAAUACAACCUUCAACUCUUCUCCGUACGCCAGCCAUAACCUCGUCCUUCCACACCAGCGCAACUCUCAAUGCCGCUCCGGCUAAGAAGGGAAAGAACAAUCAGAGUACUGGGCCAAAAUUCCGUGAAGCACGAAGCUCACGAGUCUCGAAAAAAGCGAAACCGACCAAACCACUUCGACGAAGCCCGGAGGAGCGAAAGGCUCUCAGUCAUCGAAUUGUGCUAAGUAACAACAAUGCGCUCGAGAUUACCGGCCUACAAGAGCUUAGUGUGGCGAACUUGAGCAGCCCAGAGCUUAGAACUCAAGUCGUGGGCCUGCCAAUGAAUUUGCUUGAUAGAUUGAGAGCCGUUGAGGCCUUCAGGAGGAACCAGGGAUGGAGCUUGUUCAGACGGCCUUGCACCGUGGUUAGGAAAGAGACCGUUGAGCUGGGCAGGUUGAUCGAGCAAAUCAACGAUAAGGAGAAGGGCGCAGAAGCCGUUAUGAAGAUUGUCACAGGUGGUAGACGCACAGGGAAGAGUGUUCAUCUGCUCCAGGCCACCACCAUGGCGUUCUUGAAGGACUGGGUAGUCGUCACAAUUCCAGACGCCUGGAACCUUGUCAACGGCACAACUGCCUAUGCUCCAGUCCUCAACUCCCAGCCGGUUAAAUACUUCCAGAAAAAUGCCACGGCCGAACUGCUCAAACGCAUAGCCGAGGGAAACAAGGAUGUUCUUUCAAAACUACACAUUUCCCGAUCGCACCCCAAUGUAAAGGACUCCGGGCUCUCUCUCUUUGAGUUGGCAAACAUCGGCAUCCAACAACCAGAUCUCUCGUGGCCGAUAUUCCGCUCCCUCUGGUCUGAGCUUACAGCAACGGGACCCGCAAUGGACACGAAGGCAGCGAAGGGAACCAAGCCAUUCACUGCUCGUCCUCCGCUUCUCGUCACGGUCGACAACCUCUCUCACUGGAUGACUGAUACCAGCUACCGCAAUGCUGAAUAUAAGCCCAUUCACGCCCACGACUUUACCAUUGUCGACCACUUCCUCUCUCUGAUGCGUAUGGAAUCCAAGAAGGCCCUGCCAAAUGGUGGCCUCGCUCUGUAUGCAACUGCUGCAUCGAACUCCCUAAGACUGCCAUCUCUGGAACUCGGAAUCAAGCAGGUGGCUGCUCGCCAGGCUGGAACCAGCCCAUCAUCCCCUGAUUACCCCGUCCUGUACGGCAAGCUAGAUGACCGUGUGGUCUCGCUCUUUGCUCAGGCAAAGGACAUGGGCCACCUUGAGCUCUCUGGCUUGGGCAAGGACGAGGCUGCCGGCCUGCUGCAGUACUAUGCAAAGAGUGGCCUGCUGCGAGACCGUGUUGACGGACGGCUGGUCGGUGAGAAAUGGUCCCUGUCCUCUGGUGGUGUUGUUGGCGAGCUGGAACUCCUCAGCCGCCGUCUACGAGCCCUUCCCCUUACUAUCAAGGAGCAGUAG